GGUGCGGCUUGCACCGGAAAAAGCCUGGAGGGGCGUCUUUAGUAGGACGUUGCUUGUAUUAUGUGCCUUUAGGUCGGACUAUAUACAGUCCUGUUUCACUGAAGCGAUAGCCGCGCGCGUAACACGCUUGAGUUCGCGUUUGAGUUUGCUCGUUUUAUCGUUCAGAUAAAGACGAUAAUCGUUGAUGUUCGUGGAAGCUAAGAAAAAAAAAAAGAAAGAGAAGUAAAGGAAUUAAAAAGAAAAAUUUGAUUACUCACGCGAACGCGGUGCAACGUUCGAAAAAUAUAAAUCGCCGCAUGCGUGAAAUGUUAUUCGUAUUUUCAUAAUCAAAAGUGAUAUUAACUUCCGGUUGUCGGGGAAAAAAAAUAAAAAUGAAAGAAGGGGCGCGAAAAUCGGAGAUCACGAUAAACAUUGUCAACUGAUUCUCGAUAUUUCAUCAAAUGUGAUGAUAAGUUUGGUGAGGAAGAAAUCAUGUUCGAUCCGGUCUCCGAAGAAGAGAAAAAACGUUUCUUUAGACAGAGUUACGGUGCUCAUUUACCAGGAUACACAGGUCAUUGCCCAACACUUAAGUUUAGAGUUGGGAAAAGAUUUGGAGCUAACACGGAAGAAAUAAUGAGGGAGCUGUUGGAAAAGAAGAUUUUGAAGUCAGGGCCUUAUAGGCCGAAUUCCGGUAAGGACGUUGCGCUCGUUACGAUACCGAACGAGAAGGACAUUAGAAGAGAUUGGAAGAAUGACGCACACUUGUAUAAAUCACCGCCAUACAUUUUAGGAUACACAGGAUAUAUACCUGGCUUUAACAGUAGUUAUGGUCUUCCCUUUAUGAGGGCCGUCGAAGAGGGUGCAAAAGAAUGGCACGAAGUUCAAAGUAAAUUAAGAGCACGUAUGAGGGCACAGGCUGAAAGGACUAAUUCAAGAAAUCUUUUAUCACGUGUCAGAGCAGACAAUGUUGCUGUUGAGAUCGAUCAUGGUCAAGAACGGGAACGUGUUAUUUUUGAUUGUACGGUUUCUCCAGAAAAACCACCGAUCGUUGGUUACACAGGACACAUUCCUGGAGCAAAAGGUGAAGUUGCACUUUCUAAAAGAUACGCUCAAGCUGUUAAAACGGGUUUAGAAUCAGUAAGAAAAGAGCGUGAACAAAGACUGAAUAAAUUAAAGGAUGUUCAUCCUGUUCAAAGGGUACUCGAUGCUGCUUGCGUCGAUGAAACUGGUCAUACGAGAGCAUAAAAAAGCAAAAGAAAGAAAACAACAAUUCUAUAAUAUAUUUUAGGAAAUAUAUGUAUUAUAAUCUUUAUCUUUGAUACAAGGAUUAGGAUUUUGAAAAGAAAACAAAUAUUAAGAAGAAACUACAUAAAAGUUAGUAAAUUUUCACUUACAAAAAUGGUAAGCAUAUCUCUCUUCUUAUAUUUUUAUUCUAUAUAUAAAUAAAUAAAUAAAUAUUAUAUAUAUGUCAAGAGCUUCUAUAAAAUAUUGAUUUUAUCAAUAGUAUCUUGGCUAUUAAAUAUUAGCCGCAAUACGUACUUAAAAUUCGUGGAUCGAUACUCUUAUGCCAGCAAAAGUGGAUCAAGUUAUAGAUCAUGCCUUAUCCAUUUUAAUGUGAGAAAUAAAUGAAAUAUUGAGGAAAAAAUAACGUGAUAAAU